UUAUAACCUCAACUAAUUUCCCCCCAACUCGCACAUGAUUAGCACCACUACAACUAAGUCCCAAGACUAGGUCCUUGGUCCUUGUACCAACCAAAAAUUGAGACAGGUGUGUGUGCAAACAUUCCAUGAACAACAACCAGCAAAAAAAGAAAAAAGGAACGAAAAAUAAAAGUUUCAACCAUGAUAACAUUCCUCGAAAACAAAACAUCGGUACAGCUAUUUGGUCAAACAAAUCACCAGUUGCUGCUGGAAUUGGGCCACAAGCAGCCAGCACGCGGGUUGACCCUGCAACCUCCGACGCCGUCGACCGUAUCAUUGCCCCAUAAUUCCGAUAACCGAUCAAUCCCAACCCAUCUCAUCUCCAUGUGAAGAUACAUGAACCACAAUCAGCAUCAGCAAGAAGCAGAUCAUCAUCAAGGUCUGCGCCAUGGAAUCGUCUGCGGGGAGGAGGCAGCCGAGCACGAGCAGCAGCAGCAUGAGCAGCCAGCAGGUCUCGGGCUUCAGCAACUUCAGCAAGGCGGCCUCCGACGGGUACCCGUACCCUUCCUCCUCGCCGGACACCUCGUACCGGCACCGGCGGCAGGCCUCGUCGCGCAGCGCCCCGUUUUCUUCCCAGCUGAGCCGGAGCUCCACCCGCAGCAGCAGCAGCAGCUCGUUCAAGGCGGCGGCGCGGGGCGUCGCCGGCGUGUUCGGCACCUGCUUCGUGCGGCGGGUCAGGAAGGAGACCGAGGCUGAGCAAGAACCGGAGGUCUCCCAGGUGUCUCGGGGGAGCAGGAGCGGAGGGUACUCUCAGGGGAGCAAGAGCGUCGGCUUCCAUGUCUCCACGGAUUCAGGGACAGGCAAGGAGAGUGGAGGGCUCACCGUUGCGGACGUAUUCAGAGCGACAUCGAACUUCAGCGAGAACAACAUGGUCAGGGAGGGAGCUUCUUGCAGCGUCUUCAAAGGGAAGCUCAGGGACGGAUCCCAAGUUGCCGUCAAACGAGCCAGAAAGCUAAACGGUCAGUAUCUAUCUGCUGAACUUGCCAGGGAGCUCGAAACGCUUCAGAAGAUCGAGCAUCACAAUCUGGUGAGGUUCCUCGGGUUCUUCGAGCAGAGAGACGAAACACUGAUCGUCGUCGAGUACGUCGACAAUGGCUCCCUUAGAGAACACCUGGAUGAAUCGCGCGGAACCGGGCUAGAGCUUGCGCAGCGGCUCAACAUCGCCAUCGACGUGGCUCACGCCGUCACCUACCUGCACGAGUACGCAGAACGGUCGGUGAUCCACCGUGACAUCCGGUCGUCGAACGUGCUGCUGACUGGGGCGCUGGCGGCGAAGGUGGCCGGGUUCGGGAUGGCGAGGGUGUCGGGCGACGGCGAGGAGGCGACGCACGUGACGACGCAGGUGGUGGGCACGGCCGGGUACCUGGACCCGGAGUACCUGGGCACGCUCCAGCUCACGGACAAGAGCGACGUCUACUCCUUCGGCGUCCUCCUCGUCGAGCUCGUCAGCGGUCGCCCGCCCAUCGAGCGCCGCCGCGGCCUCGAGCCCCGCGCCACCACCAAGUGGGCGCUGCAGAAGUUCCGGGGAGGCGACGCGGUGGUGGCCAUGGACCCGAGGGUGCGUAGGAGCCCGGCGUCGGUGGCGGCCGUGGAGGGGAUGCUCCGGCUGGCCGAGCAGUGCGUGAUGCCGGCGAGGCAGGACCGGCCGUCCAUGCGGCGGUGCAACGAGGCGCUGUGGACCGUGCGAAGGGACUUCCACCGGAGGCAGGAGCCGCGGCAGGACGUGCCGGUCGCGGCGGCCGCCGCCGGGGACAGGAGCUCCGAGUGGGUCAGCCGAUGACGACGACGCCGAAGUUGCCGUCCUUCGGAAAAUUCCGACGCUGACCGGUGUCUAUACCAAGGAAGAUUUGCAGCUUUCUCAGAAGAAGACCAUUACACGUGUAAAGCGAAACCAACUUAUGAAUUCGUAUUUCAGAAACACUUGUAAAAAUCGAACCAAUAAAGCAGAUAUUUGGAGAAAUUCUGCUUGCUGCUCGAAA